UCUUGACGUGCAUAUAAAGGGCCCUGGUGCCCCGUGAGCCACUUUGCUGGAGGAAAGCAUGGAUUUGGCAUGAGGACGCGGCGUUGCUCUGAGUGCUUGGCCAGCACCAGACUCAGCUGGAGUGAUGCUGCCAUACCGGAGGGAGAGCCCGGCCAUGCCCCGCUGCCCAGUGCGGGGAGGAAGGGUGGUGCAUGGGACCCCGUUUGCCUACUGCCCCAGCCCUCAAGCUCUGCACAGGCUGCCGGGUGCCCACGCCUGCCCCUUCGCCGUGGGAGCAGUGACCUGCCCUGACCAUGGCUUCCUGUGCCCUGGCUCCCCGGGGCGGCUGGUGGAGAGCCGGGAGCGCUACGAGCUGGAUGCACUGCCAUGGCAGGGGCCCCGCCUGGGCUUGGAGGAGCUGCAGAAGCCAGAGCUGGGCUGCUGGGUGAGGGUCCAGUCCAUCUGUGUCUCCCUUCUCAAGGUGCCUCUGAUGUUUGGCUUCCUGUACCUCUUCGUCUGCUCCCUGGACGUGCUCAGCUCUGCUUUCCAGCUGGCCGGAGGCAAAGUGGCAGGGGACAUCUUCAAGGACAACGCCAUCCUCUCCAACCCCGUAGCCGGGCUGGUGGUGGGCAUCCUGGUGACUGUGUUGGUGCAGAGCUCCUCCACCUCCACCUCCAUUAUUGUCAGCAUGGUCUCCUCGGGGCUGCUGGAGGUGCGCUCUGCCAUACCCAUCAUCAUGGGCUCCAACAUUGGCACCUCAGUCACCAACACCAUCGUGGCCCUCAUGCAGGCUGGAGAUCGCAGUGAGUUCAAAAGAGCUUUUGCUGGUGCUACGGUGCACGACUGUUUCAACUGGCUGUCGGUGCUGGUCCUGCUGCCGCUGGAGGUGGUGAGCGGGUACCUGCACCACGUCACCCGCCUGGUGGUGGCCACCUUCAACAUCCGCAGUGGGAAGGAUGCCCCUGACCUGCUGAAAAUCAUCACGGAGCCCUUCACCAAGCUUAUCAUCCAGCUGGACAAGUCGGUGAUCACAGGCAUCGCAACAGGGGACGAGAGCCUGCGCAACCGCAGCCUCAUCCGCACAUGGUGUGGCCCUGCACCAACCCAGACAGCUGCCGGUGGGGUAGGGGUGCCUCCAAACUGCACAGCGUCUGGACAUUGCAGCAGUAAUGGGAUCCUUCACAACGUCACUAGGCAGAAGUGCGAGCACCUCUUCACGGACACGCCGCUGCCGGACCUGGCCGUGGGGCUGGUUCUGCUGGCUGGGUCCCUCGUCGUGCUCUGCACCUGCCUCAUCCUCCUGGUCAAAAUCCUCAACUCCCUGCUCAAGGGGCAGGUGGCCAAGGCCAUCCAGAAGGUCAUCAACACUGAUCUCCCACAUCCAUUCAGCUGGCUCACUGGGUACUUCGCUAUGGUGGUGGGUGCUGGGAUGACCUUCGUGGUCCAGAGCAGCUCCGUCUUCACCUCGGCCAUCACACCCCUGAUCGGCUUGGGGGUGAUCAGCAUUGAGCGUGCCUACCCCCUGACCCUGGGCUCCAACAUUGGCACCACCACCACCGCCAUCCUGGCCGCGCUGGCCAGCCCUGGGGACAAGCUGGCUAGCUCCUUCCAGAUCGCCCUGUGCCACUUCUUCUUCAACAUCUCUGGCAUCCUGCUGUGGUACCCACUGCCCUUUACCCGCCUGCCCAUCCGCAUGGCCAAGGCGCUGGGCGAGCGCACAGCCAAGUACCGCUGGUUUGCUGUGCUGUACCUCAUUAUCUGCUUCCUCCUGCUGCCCUCCCUCAUCUUCGGCAUCUCCAUGGCGGGCUGGCGGGUGCUGGUGGGGGUGGGUGCUCCUUUCCUCGGCCUCCUCUUCUUUGUGGGGCUGGUGAACGUGCUGCAGGUGCGCAGCCCCGGCCGCCUGCCCAAGUGGCUGCAGAGCUGGGACUUCCUCCCGGCCUGGAUGCACUCGCUGCAGCCGCUCGACAGCCUCAUCACACGCGCCACGCUCUGCUGCACCGACCGCUGCCGCAGCCCCGAGGGCUGGGAUGAGCGUGAGGCCACUGCCCGCGACAAGGCCAGGCUGGGGCUGGACAACCCUGCGCUCUCCUACCCCGAGGAGAUGCCCAGCCCCGUGCUGCGGGUGGGCUCCCCACACCUGGCCCCAUACAGUGCCACCCGCCUCUAGCCCGCACCGGGUGCCCGGUUUCCACUUUCCCCAGUGUCCAAUAAAGGCUGAGCACCUCGUGUCCCAGCUGUGCAUCUUCA